UCCAGGUAAAUCAUAAACACAAUGUGUAUCUUUGGAUUAAACUAACCUGAUGCAGUGAUUUAAUAUUUGAAUAUAGUAUAUAGGAGUAUGUAUUUAAAUGUGAUGUGUUACGUUACUUGGUUUCAUACAUACCAGUACAUGUAAUCAUAAACAAUUUUGUUUUGAUACAAAGAUUAACACUUUGUAAUCUCAGAUAAGUGUUAUGAAUUUAAAGUGAAAGUAGACAAUAGAUUUGUACGCAAAGAAAUCAUUUAUCGCUAAUACUUGUUUUAUCUAGAGAUAUUUUCAGGAAUGUGCUUUAGAAAAUUAAGAUAAGUCUACGCUGUACAUAUAAAGUAAACUACCUGCAUUUACAUUGACAACAUUGUGGUCGUAAUAACAAGGCAGUAUCUUGUUUGUUUUGUUUUGAGGAUAAUGAUAAAGAAUAAUUAUGUACUUUUCAAACGUUUAGAAUAAAAUGAAGAAAAGUCAGCAAAUAAUGAGCACGUUUGAUAGAAAAGAAUAUUUGGUACGGAGCAGUAAACCACACUUUAAUGAGGCGUUGGUUGCAGUUGUAAUACAGCUCCAAAUGGAGACAGCUAGAUGGGCCGUCUGUCCAUAUGAGAGUUUUCGAAGUAAUGGGAGUAUUUAUGCUCGAAUGUGGGAGAAAUGUGGACAUUCAACUGUGAACAACCGUUUACUACUCUCUGUACUUAUAACACCGGACGGAAAAUCCAUACGAUGUAUUGGAGUCGAGGCGGAACAUUUAUAUGAAGAGCUUGAAGAGAACGAUGAGCAUAGCCAGUUUUAUUACUUCAGGAAUAUUGUUUUAAAGUUAUUGAAAGCUUUUAAGGAGAACAGCGAUAUUCAGCUGCAAGAUGAGAAUGGAAAAACACUUCCAGCUUUGACUGUAUUCACACUUUUAUUAAAUUUCUUCAUAAAUGAUAUACAAGAAAGGGCCAAAGAAUACCGCGAAACCGACAAGCAUUAUGUGCUUGUUGUACCAGAGAUGUUUCAAGUUGUUGGAGCAAUAGAUUUCAUAAGGAAAUCUGCCCUUGAGGUUAGAAAUAACGCAUUUCCAUCUAGAGUAUAAGGCAUGUAGAAUUUUAGAUAUCAAAUUGGUCUAUGUGGUAUUUACCGGCUAUAAAAUAAAGUUUUAGAGUUUUAAUGCAUAGAAGAGGUUAACCGCACACGCCGUAU